AUUGGUUUGUAUCCCGUAUCCGUCCUUCGCUCCUAGUGAAUGUGGUGCACGACGGUGGAAACUGAGUCACGUAAUCCCUACUGUUGUUUCUCCGAUUCUCCUUACGACCCGCCGGCGUUGGGCAAAAGCGGCCGGUGCUGGUCCUCUCCUCUUGCAGAAGGCAACCGGCGGCGAUCCCCAUCUACAGCAAAAAAACGACCGGCGGGGAGCCUCUUCCCCGGAAAAUAAUUUGACGAGUGUAUAGAAAAUGUCAAGGUUGGAGCUAGUGUUCAAAAGACCACAUAUACAAUGAAGAGAGACAUGCUCACCGCUCACGGAGAGAAGGUCAUUCUUCGUGCCCUUGAAAUUGAGAAAUCCCGGCUGCCACACUCAAAGGGUAUUUGAGUACCUGUGGAUCUUCUGUAUCCAUAAAGGAUCAGAUCCCAAAACCCAUUGGUCAAACUACUGAAUGCAGUAAACAGGGCAUAUCUUAUAUCUGAGAUUAUAGAUCCAAGAUGCAGAUCAGCGGCUUUGUCACCCCUAUUGGUCCUUUAUCUGAAGAAAAUCACACGAUCGACAAGAAUUUGUUGCCGCUGGAGUGUGAAGGGACAAUGGAAUGCCACACACGAGACAACGAUGCUGUUGGGUUGGAUGCAAGAGCGGAAGGUGUUGUCUGUGAGCUCACAGACCUUCAGAAUAACAUACAAGUUUAUGAUAUCGAGUUGACUGUUCUAGGAAACUACACAGGUCACGGCUUGCCCCUUGAUUUCCUUGAGAGUAAAACGACUGGUGGACCCAUCAAGGGCUACCCUGUUGUUGUGGAUGUUUUAGAGGAUUGUUCUUCAGUGAGUAUUCAUGAUCACCUCCCAGUGGCUAGGAGAGUUGGGAAGAAGAGGCAGAGACGCAGACAUGAUGGAAGGUGGACGAAGAGGACCCCGCUACGUUUUCCGGCUGCGUCCACGGCUGUGCGUGCCAUUUCCACCACCGUGCAGACAAAAAAGAACUCAAACAAGGACCCGGUACUCGAGGAAUGCUCCCUGCUAUUGGCUCUAGCUGCGAAAGCCUCCCUGCUGCAUACAUGAAGACCCCUAGGUGACGCAGUUGACUCCAGCGGCAUAGAAGUGUAUCAUGUUUCAUGUGAGAACGACUGCUGAUUUCUUUCUGGUUCGUGUGGCUCACCUUUGCCCCUUACACCUGACGCGAGGUCGACCAGGAGCAGCAAGGACUGCAAUGCUGCACUUCUUUGUAAUUUAUGUUCUGCCUCCCCUCUGUGUGCUCCUGUGCGCUUGGUUUAGUGCAGUCGUGAGGAUAAGUUGGGGCUAGUUAUGGUUGGAAGAACAUGAAAGAUCGAAUUUUAUUUAAA